AUGAGGGCCGCCAUGUUCGCGGUGUGGGGGACUUUGUUCGUCAUUUUUCAGGCUUUGGCUGUAGUUUCUGCUGAAGAGCAGUCAUGUGUACCUGGAUUUCAGUCAGAUGUGAAGGUUUUCAAAGUUGGCAGAAUGAGACUUGGAAAAGGCACAGUUCUGGGCAAAGUCAUGUUCACUGAUUGUUCAGCACGCACGAGAUUUCCUUUUAGUAGUGAUGAUGGACGUUUUGUGGUUCAGACUGACGGUGUCGUGAAGGUGAACAGGCCAGUUUUUCUUUGUCAUGGAUAUCCUGACUUUUUGAUUCACACCUGGGACUCUCAAGGACGCAAGAUGACCAUUCAGGUCAUUGUGCAGCACAAUGGCAACCAACAGCAGAAUGCUGAGUGUGAUUCUGAGAGUACCAGUGAUGCAGACAUCCCUGUUUUGCACUUCCCAAAGUCUAAUGGAGGAUUAAGAAGGAGAAAGAGAGACUGGGUUAUUCCAAACAUUAACGUAGAAGAGAAUCACAGAGGACCUUACCCGCUCAGAGUAUCUCAAAUUAGGUCCAAUGAAGACGAAGUAAAAAAGAUAUUUUACAGCAUCACUGGUCCUGGAGCUGAUCAGCCUCCUGUUGGCCUUUUCACCAUGGACAGAGACAAUGGCAAUCUUUAUAUCACACAACCACUCGACAGGGAAAAGCAGGCAAAGUACAUGUUUGACGCGCAUGCUGUAGCACAAGGUUCUGGAAAUGCCGAGGAGCCAAUGGAAAUUGUUGUUAAUGUAAUUGACCAGAACGACAACAAACCAGUGUUUGAGAAGGAUACCUUCUUUGGAGAAGUGGCUGAGGCCUCACCAAUUGGGUUUGAAGUUGUAAAAGCGAAUGCCACAGAUGCGGAUCAGCCAGACCAUGACAACUCUGAUCUCCGUUACACUAUUUUGAGCCAAGAUCCAAAGUUACCCGUACCAAAUCUUUUUGCCAUCAAUGAAUUUACUGGAGUAAUUCGAGUCAACGCUGGUGGCUUAGACAGAGAGAAAUAUCCUAAGUACACGUUGACAGUACAGGCAGCUGACAUGAAGGGAAAUGGGCUGACUGGAAAUGCAAAUGUAAUUCUCACUGUAACGGAUAGUAAUGACAAUGCUCCAGUGUUCACCAAGAGCUCGUAUGAAGCUUCAGUUGAGGAAAACCGAAAGGAUGUAAUUGUGCUAAAGAUGACCGUAGAAGAUGGAGAUGAUGCUCAUUCUCCAGCUUGGAAUGCAAAGUUCAGGAUUAUUAACGGUGACACCGGAAAACAUUUUUCUGUGGAAACCGGGUCCAACAAGAAUGAAGGAAUCCUCACUACUGUCAAGGGUCUCGACUAUGAGAAGAGUGGCAAGCAUAUUUUGUUGAUUACAGCAGAGAACGAAGUUCCUUUCGCCAUUCCAUUGGCCACUUCCACGGCCACUGUUACCAUAAAUGUGAUUGACGUUAACGAACCACCCAUCUUUGAUCCGGUGGAGAAACUUGUGGUCAAACCGGAAGACCUGCCAAUUGACUCUGAUGUGGUGCAGUACAUCGCUUCGGACCCGGACAUUGAACGCAAACAGAAAGUCAUGUAUAAGAUUAUUAGUGACCCAGCAGGCUGGUUGAAUGUGGAUCAAGAUACUGGCCUCAUCAGAGUGAGGAGUGCCAUGGACAGAGAAUCCAUCUUUGUCAAGAGCGAGAAAUACACAGCACUCAUUGGUGCAUAUGAUAAUGAUGAAGUCCCAGCCACUGGAACAGGCACACUGAUGAUCCAACUUCAAGAUGUUAAUGACAACGCACCCACAAUUGUGGAACGUUCAUUCACGGUGUGCAACAAAGAAUCUGCUCCUCAGUUGUUGUCAGUGAUUGACAAAGAUGGACCUGGCAAUACUGCUCCAUACAGAGUUUCUUUAGACGGCAUGUCAAAGACCAACUGGACUGCUAGAAUGAAUGAUUCCAAAACAGGCAUAAUCCUAAAUCUGGCCACGGAACUACCAAGCGGCGAGUACACUGUGGUUCUUAGAGUGGGAGACAACCAGGGGUUAGAACAGGACAGCACAGUUCAGGCCAAAGUGUGCGACUGCACCGGGGAAGACGUGGUCUGCAAAGGGCGUGUGGCGGGCGGCGCCGACCUGCCUGUUAUCCUGGGAAUUCUGGGAGGAAUCCUUUUGCUUCUCUUGCUGCUGCUGCUCCUGCUGCUGUUUGCAAGGCGCAGAAGGGGAGAAGUAAAGGAGCCUUUACUGCAGGAAGAUGACGUCAGGGACAACAUCUAUUACUAUGAUGAGGAAGGAGGUGGUGAGGAUGAUCAGGACUAUGAUCUCGGUGUACUCCACCAAGGUUUGGACAACCGUCCUGAGGUGUUCAGGAACGACGUGAAGCCGAUCUUCCUGACCGCUCCGCAGUACCGUCCUCGUCCCGCCAACCCGGAGGAAAUCGGCAACUUCAUCGACGAUAACCUGAAGGCUGCUGACAAUGACCCAACAGCGCCCCCCUACGACUCCCUGCUGGUGUUUGACUACGAGGGCGGCGGCUCAGACGCUGGUAGCUUGUCCACUCUGAACUCUGACAGUAGCGGAGACCAGGACUACGACCACCUCGGUGAAUGGGGGCCUCGAUUCAAAAAGCUGUCCGACAUGUUCGGGGGAGAGGACGAUGACGACAUGCUGUAA